GGGCGGGGCAUGUAAGCAGCAUGCUGUAAUUAGCAGUGUAAAGGGUCACCACUGGACUAUACUAUACUAGUGGACUGUAUAUAUCUACUGUAACUCCAAUUGCUGUUAGAGGUAUCUAAACUGGUAGUUGUAGUGAUGUCCUCCUCAGAGCUCACCAUUGGAGAGGUGGCAGAGCCAUUCAGGUUCAACUUUGAGAUUGCCUGGGAAGUGGCCAACAAAGUUGGAGGUAUCUACACUGUGCUUCGUAGCAAGGCUGGAGUAACCACGGCUGAACUGGGGGACCAGUAUUGCAUGUUGGGUAAAUACAAUGAGGCCACUGUGAGGCUGGAGGUUGAGGUGAUGGAACCCGAGCUGUCAGUACUUCAGGAGUCCAUCGAGGUACUCCGUCAAGAAGGCAUCAAGGUUGUGUUUGGACGCUGGCUCAUUGAUGGCUACCCGAAAGUGAUCUUGUUUGACCUUGGCUCAGCAUUAUCACGACAGGACACAUGGCGUAAGGAACUGUGGGAGCUCUCUCAUCUUGGUGUCCCAGACAGUGACCAAGAGUCCAGAGAUGCCAUCAUGUUUGGUUUCCUCACCUACUGGUUCCUCAAGGAGUUUGUGUCACGACUGCCAGGCCCCCCUCCAAUGGUAGUGACUCACUUCCAUGAGUGGUUGAGUGGGGUUGGACUGCUCCUCUGUCGUCUCAAGAAACUGCCCGUGUCCACCAUCUUUACAACGCAUGCCACCCUCUUGGGACGCUACCUCUGUGCAGGCAGUGUCGACUUCUACAACAAUCUUGCCACUUUUGAUGUAGACAAAGAGGCAGGAGAUCGUCAGAUCUAUCACCGCUACUGUAUAGAGAGAGCUGCUGCACACACAGCACAUAUCUUCACCACUGUGUCUCAGGUGACUGCUGAUGAGGCAGAACACCUACUCAAGAGGAAACCAGAUCUGAUACUGCCCAACGGUCUCAACGUUGUCAAGUUCAGUGCCAUGCACGAGUUUCAGAAUCUCCACGCCAAAUCCAAAGAGAAACUUCACGACUUUGUCAGGGGGCAUUUCUACGGACACUAUGAUUUUGAUUUGGACAAGACGCUCUAUUUCUUCAUAGCUGGGAGAUAUGAGUUCUCUAACAAGGGAGCUGACCUGUUCAUUGAGGCUCUGGCUAGAUUGAACCAUUACCUCAAGUCUAGUAACAGUGAUGUGACAGUGGUGGCAUUCCUCAUCUUCCCUACCAAGACCAACAGCUUCAAUGUGGACUCUCUCAAAGGUCAAGCCAUCACUAAGCAACUAAGGGACGCAGUGGAUGAUAUUCAGACAAAGAUUGGCAAGAAGAUAUUUGAGUCUGCUCUCACCGGGGGCCUUCCUGAUCCAGAUAAACUCCUGGAUAAGAAAGACACAAUUAUUCUCAAGAGGUGUAUCUAUUCUGCUCAGCGGCCACACCUACCACCCAUUGUCACACACAAUGUGGAGGGUGAUGCUACGGACCCUGUACUCUGUCAUAUCAGACGUGUACAACUCUUUAACAAGAAGGAGGACAGGGUCAAAGUGGUGUUUCACCCUGAGUUCCUCUCCUCCACUAACCCUUUGUUCAGGAUGGAUUAUGAGGAGUUUGUGCGAGGCUGCCACCUUGGAGUGUUCCCGUCUUACUAUGAGCCCUGGGGAUACACACCUGCCGAGUGCACAGUCAUGGGCAUACCAUCUGUGACUACCAACUUGUCUGGGUUUGGCUGCUUCAUUGCUCAGCACGUGGCUGACCCCUCAACCUAUGGGAUCUAUAUUGUUGACAGACGUAUGAAAGAUGUGGAAGGAUCCAUCAAACAACUCUCCAAUUUCAUGUACGAGUUCUGCACGCAGACACGUCGUCAGAGGAUCAUCCAACGUAACCGAACAGAGAGGCUGAGUGAUUUGCUCGACUGGCAAACCCUCGGGCAGUACUACCGAAUAGCUCGUAAGAAAGCUCUGGAAGCUACUCAUCCUCAGUUCUUCCAGGCACGCAAGCGCUCAGGCUCUGGAUCCAACACGCCCACCAGCCCAGGCUUCCGUUACCCCCGCCCACUCAGCGAGCCUCCCUCGGAGCCACAGAGUGACCCCGACAGUGAGCCUGACAACGCAACUAACUCAUCAACUCACUCAUAGAAAAUUAAACAAUUUGACAAAUAAAAUUUUUGAAUAUUUUGUAUAAUUAUGUGCAGAGCGUGAUCAUAAUUUGACAUUGUGUGUUGUUUGUAGAAUAUUAUUAAUUAUUUAUGGUUCUCUCAAA